AUGUCUUCUCACAAGACUUUCAGAAUCAAGAGGCUUCUGGCCAAGAAGCAGAAGCAAAAUCGUCCCAUUCCCCAAUGGAUUCGUAUGAAGACUGGCGAUAAAAUCAGGUACAAUUCCAAGAGGAGACAUUGGAGAAGAACCAAGCUGGGUCUAUAAAGAUUGCACAUGAUAUAAUGACAUGCAUAUUUAUGCUGUAUCAAGGUCACUAUCAUCUUACCAUAUCAAGUUGGAAAUGUCACUAAUAUCCGGACAGACGCAUUUCAUUGGGAAAAGUGAUUUUUCUCUUUGUUUAUAUGCUCUGUACUAAUAAGCUGGUUCAAUAAUAAAUAUGUGAGACCUUUUGUUUUAA